CGGGGAGGGAGAGGCUCCACGGGGGCUGGACGACGUCAGCAGCCUCACUGCUCCCACCGGACUGUCCGUCCGGCUGCACAACACCUUAAGGUGGAGGGAAACACUUCACUCCCGGUCAGUGAUGCUCUCUACUGGCUAAUAGUCCACUUCCAUCAUGUCAUUAUCCUCCCACUCUGAUUACUCCACUGAGUGGCUUGCCCGCGAUGAAAACAACAGGAAGACCCCACUGGUGCCGAUCAUGGCAUCAUCCUCAUCAUCCUCAGCUACAACUUUAAGGGAAUCUCCUACUACACUAUUUCACUCUGGUGCCUUCUGGAGGAGGAAGAGGAGAAGUGUCUGCUGUGGUUGUGAUGCUGGAGGCUACUGUGUGUGCGCCGCAGUCUGUGCAACUCACUUGGAGACCCCCGCAGUAGUUCCAGCUAAGGAAGAUAACCCCAUGUGCAAGCUGGGGACACUUUGUGUGGAGCCAAAGCGCCUUUCAGUCAGGAAGAGAACUUUAGUUGGAUGCGGCGCACAUCGUCCAUCAGACACUCAAAGUGAACUUUUCUCACUCAAGUGCACGGAGUUGCAGUGCUACGUCAAGCCUCUGUCGUCUAUCCUACGAGGUUUGAGAUCCGGCAGGUACGCCACACGUCUCAGCAGUUUCCAGGAGAGCGUUGCAAUGGACCGUAUCCAGAGAAUAAUGGGGGUCCUUCAAAAUCCUAACAUGGGAGGACGCUUUCUCAGCAUCGUCAUGAAAAUAGAAGAGAUGCUUCGAAGUUGGUUCCCUCGCAUAAAACCAAAUCAGGCCAAUGACAGCUCACCAGCUAAGAAGCAAAAGAGGACAGCUCCGUGGCCCCCAGCAUCACUUUGCUCGUCAGAUGGGGAGUCGGCCACCUCCGGCUCGUUCAUCCACGUCGGACGACCGCACACGUCACCCAUCUGCUCCCGAGAACGAUCCGACUCAACACUCAGUCCCCAGAGUCCGAGCCGGGGCGUCACGCAGGACAACUUUGUCUCCUCCAGUACUGACUCUGCGGUGUUGCCCCCACGCCGCCCAAGAGGUCCACCGCGGCAUCUCAGUCAGGGACCACUGCCUUUCAAGAUCAGCUCGCCCUAUCUGGAAAGACUACUGAAGGCCAAGAAGAGCACCCUCACUCCCAGAGGAGACGACAGGGAGGCCAGGUGCCGUGGAUACUCGUGUGGCUCGGACACAUGAUAUGCUGCAGUGUGACAUCCGGGUUCAUUCUAGAAGCAACUAAGUCAUUCUCAUUAGAGAAUCCUUUGGAUUUUGCCAUCAUUAUGGGGUGGGAGAUAGGUGAAUAAACCACUAUACUGUACAUAGUCUGAAACAUGACAUCAAUGCAGAAGUGCCUUAAACUUUCAUUCUUUCUCAUGAGCACUAGGAGGAUGAUUAAAGAACGGAUCUCGAAUGCCCCACUUGAUUUAAUACCUUGUUUCAAAACGUUACAAAAUGAGAUGAGCCUCACAUCAGUUUAAAUUCAGUGCGAUGUUCGUUUAGUCAAUCAUGGUUCCAUUCAAACAUGUUGAGCAAUCACUCAUUUGGUGGACUCCAAUAUGAUUUAAAGGAAGUUUUUGAACUGUAAUGGUCAUUGCAAAGUACAAACAAGAGUUGCUAAUAAUAUAAAAUGUCACAAUGAGAUGUUAAGUUGCUUCUCGGACGGAAUUCUUCAUGGCUUGGGAGUGUGUUAGGAUGUCAAAAAAAAAACAUGGAGAUGUAAGCUUUUCCAAUGGAUAGUGAUGAAAGCAUGUUUCUGAGUGCAAAGCUUGCCUGCACGAGAAUUAGAAGAGGUCAAGGUCAGCUCCAGGUCACUUUCAAGAUUGCUUCUGAGAGAAAACAAGGACUUCCAAGGUUGACUUCUCACCAGUUUUUCACUGCGUGAACCGUAGAACAAGAUACAGCAGUCAGUGAACAGAUAAGGCAGGCAUCAUGGUAGAAAACACACAACUCUAUUUAUUAAUCUAAAUCGAAAUGACUGUGCAUUUACUUUUGAAAAUUUAUUGGCUACUUUUCCUAGCAGUGCUUCGACUGUUACCUUGUUUGGUCCUCUACCUCCCGCUGAACCCACAGCAGUGUGCAAGGCUUAAGUGAAUCCAAACAAUGGGUAGAGAGAGAAAAAGAAAAAAAAACAAACAAAAAAAAAAAAAGGGUUGGUGAUCACAUCACAGUAUUACUUGGUCAUCACUCUGCCUAAUGCAAUUGUAGUGUGUGUUUUCAACUGGUUUUAUUGGGGCAGGCAAUGAAGGCAAAGAUUGCCAAGUUUGUUGCUCAUCUUCUGCAUGCCUGUAUUUUUUUUUUAGAUGGAUAAGACAAGUUUGUCUAUCAUUCAACAGAUUUCUUGCUGGCUGAUUUAUCUUGCGUCUUCUCCGCACAAAUAGACAAUCAAAGCACAUGGUUUCAGAAGGCAUGUAAACGGUUCAUUGGCCAUACUGCAAAUGUAGUGUGCACAUCAAAUGCCUCAUAGUUUGUUUUGCACUUCUCAUUCCUUUAAUAAGAGUACUUCCUCUGUCAAGUUCCACAGUGUGUGAUGUUUACUGCUAGGGCAAAUGCAUGCAAACAUUUCCAAAGAAUGAACGGGUUCUGUGGUCGUGAGUUCGGAAAGAAAGUCACAAAUUAAUUUAUAUAAAACUCAAUAAAAAGCACAUAAUGCUCCACUUAACGGGUAUUAGGGGUUUUCAGGAUGCUAUUCAUCCAUUUUCUGUAGCGUUUGAUCUCAUCAGGGUCAGCUGGAGUCUAACACAGUUGACUUUGAGCGUGAGGUGACGCACAUACAACCUGGACUGGUCACCAGGCAAUCACCUAUAAUUAUUUAUUAUUUAUUCAAUAAUUUAUUCAAUUCAAUGUUUGGACCUGGAUCAGUAUGUUUAAAGUGAUUCAAUGCAACUUUGUCUGAAGGCAACAAUUUAAGAUAUGAAUGCCUGUCUACACACCCCUUGGUCUAUAAUACGUGACAAAUAAUGUGGGCACAGGCUUAGAAAAUGAGCCUGUGAUACUCAGAAAUUGACAGCCACAAUUAGUACAUGUGAUUGAAGCAGUCUUAUUUCUUUUUGUGUGUCCUUUUUCUGCUUGAGGUUUCCUUGGAUGUUGUUACUUUCAUAGUGUCAGCCCACUGUUGACAAAUUGCCAAUUUUUAACUACUGAAGGACUUCCAAUAACACCUAUAACAGGCACAGAAGAACAGGAACAUUUGGCAAUAUUUUGAAGACUUAAAAAAAGUUAAAAUUUGUAAGUUCAAGUCUUAAACCAGUCCAAGUGCCUUUAGAUUCGAUGGAUGCGAAUAUCCCCCCCACCCCCCCAACAACAAAAGCAGCUUUUGUUUCAGACGUGGAGCCUUUUUGUUUUAUAUUUCCAAUAAUUUAUUCUUCCCCAAAAAUGUGGCCUUUGUGAUAUUUUCUACUUGUGUAAAUACAUUCUUUAAUAAAUGGAUAUAAGUAAUGAAAAAAUGCUCAAAAAAAAUCCUCUCAUUAUUCUGGCAUUUAGCAGAUAGAAAUAAUUUCAGUAAUACUAGUUGACCAAAAAAAAGGAAAAGUUUAGUUUGAUUUCAUGUCAGAAAGUGAAGGGGUAAAAAAACAUGUCUUGUUAUAUCAUGCAUGCAAACCUCUGGUUUUAACUGCAAACUACUCAAGGUUACAAUAAGUCAUUCUGCAGCAUUUAUUGUUGGUUUGGAUGCUUUGGGAAACCAGGUUCAGGCAAUAAAACAAUAAAUAUGGAUGUUACAGCAAGAAAUUUAUCAUGAGGCAUUUUACACAAUGUACACGAUAUAUUUGUCCUAAAUUCCUUCUUGA